AUAAAGUAAUUAAAAAAAAAAAAAAAAUAGUAAUAGAGAGUAAUGGGUGAAAAUGUAAAGGUGAUUGUUCGCUGUCGGCCAAUGAAUCAAAAGGAAAUCGACAGCAAAUGUGAUACUAUUUUAGAGACUGGGGACUACACUGUUUCAGUAAUAAAUCCCUUGGUUCGCAGUGCACCGAAGAAAAUAUUUCAGUUCGACAGCGUGUAUGAUGGUCUCUCAAAGACGGACACGAUCUACAACGAUAUGUGCUACUCCUUGGUGGAGAGCACUUUGGAGGGCUACAAUGGAACCAUAUUUGCGUAUGGCCAAACAGGAUGUGGCAAAACACACACUAUGCAGGGCGAAGGAUAUUCUGGAGCCGUCGAUAACAACGGCAUCAUACAGAGAUGCUUUGAUCAUAUAUUUGAAACAAUCUCAAUAGCAACGAGUGUUAGGUAUUUGGCUUUAGUGAGCUAUUUGGAGAUUUAUAAUGAGAAUAUAAGAGAUCUAUUAAGUGCGAAUGAAUCGAUUGGGGUAAGGAAUCAUGCGCUGAAGGAUAUACCAGGUGUGGGUGUAACGGUACCAACGUUGACCAGUCAAGCUGUGAUGAAUCCAACCGAUUGUUAUAACUGGCUAAAUGUCGGCAACAAAAAUCGAAUAACAGCCGCAACAUUAAUGAACGAGAAGAGCUCUCGAUCUCAUACCAUAUUCUCAAUAAGUUUGGAGCAAAUUCAAGAAACAUCGACAGUGGGUGACCUGCCAGGGACACCAGUUAUCGGAGGAAUACGUAGGGGCAAACUGAAUCUGGUCGACUUAGCCGGUUCUGAAAGGCAAUGUAAGACAGGAGCAUUUGGCGAGCGAUUGAAGGAGGCAACAAAGAUCAAUUUAUCACUAUCCGCAUUGGGAAAUGUGAUAUCAGCUCUAGUUGACGGUAAAACAAAGCAUGUACCAUACAGAGACUCCAAGCUGACUCGUUUAUUGCAGGACUCCUUAGGUGGCAAUACAAAGACUUUGAUGAUUGCAUGCAUUUCACCUGCUGGAAACAACUACGACGAGACGUUGUCUACGCUGCGGUAUGCCUGUCGAGCAAAGAAUAUAUCGAAUGCGCCUCGAAUCAAUGAGGAUCCUAAGGAUGCUCAAUUGAGGAAGUAUCAAGAGGAGAUCCUCAAUUUGAAGCGCAUGCUCGACGAGAGCCAGCAACAUGAAAGUGUUAUACUGCAUAAGUUUGUUGAGGACAACAACAAGAAUAAGGAGCUGUGGCUGGAAGAGGCUAAAGUAAAGAUGAGACAGCAGAUGAUCGAAGAAAUGAAGGAUAUCCCAGCAGUUGUAAAAAGUGAUCAAUCAAACGAAGCCAUCAACGAAGACUUUCAGUUGCAUGCACGCAAACGGAUUGAUCUCAUCAAACAGGCUCUGAUAGGCGGCGAAAGAGUUGACGACCUGCAACUUCAAGAGCGUCACCGAAUGCGUAAAUUGGAGGCAAAAAGACAUUUAAGUGCCAUUGCCCAUGCUUUAAGUCGUGUGGAGAGUGAGGAUCGGGAUCUGCUUCAAGGUCACUAUGCCAGCAUUCAGCAGGAAAUCAAUAUGAAAAACGAGCGCAUCAAGAAGUAUGCGCAGAAGAUCAAGAUGCUCGAACGUGAAGUCGCUGAUCUAAACUCAGAAUUUCAAAUGGAUCGUGAGGAUUACUUAGACGAGAUUCGUCAACUAGGUCGGCACGUAAAGUUCUACCAACUGCUCUUUUGCAAAGCCCAGCCGAUUCUAAGAAAAACCGGGCGAAACUGGAAUGCGGAAUAUAUAUUGGAAAAUUCGCAUUGGAAUGAUGAUCACAAAACCUGGAAACUACCCAAUGAUAUUGAGAAUAAUCUAAAAUUACCACCAGCCAAUCUUAGAUCUCCAUUUCACAAGCGAAACGUACCUGACAACAAAAACUUGAGUUCCAAUUUAGAUGAUCACUAUAGACGAUACUCUACGGAAUUUGAAGACAGUACAGUUACCAACGAGGAAUCGCCUGAAACAUAUAAAGUGAACAUAGUGAAAAACUACUUUCGGCCAAAUCGUAAAACCAAUGAUCACUGGCUGGAAAGAAUCAAAAGCACACAGACAUACGUUCAUCAAUUCAAGUUACGCCGAAAUGCGCCAUUGUCAAUCAAUGAGUUACAGUCGUCGUAUCAUCAGAAAAAUUUUCAAUUAAGACCAGAUUUUAGCCUAAGGGAAAAUCCGAAAGCGACGGCAGAAGAAAUAGAUAAAGCAAGCUGAAAUCAAAUUUGUUUCAUACGGAUCUUAUU